AAUGGUCGUAAUACGCUGGUUGCCAACUGCCAACCCAGAGGAGGAGGAGGAAGAAGAAGAAGAACGAGUAGAUACCGCUUCCGGCUUGUGAUAUGCGUCUCUCUGUCACCGCCAUCUUACAGCGGGGUUCUGGCCAGUUCAGUUCAAAUUGUAGAAAAUGCCAGACUUUUGUGCUGCUAUUGGAUGCUCUAAUCAAAGAAAUGCCAAAACCAAGGAACGGGGAAUAACAUUUCACAGGUUCCCAAAAGAUCAAGUUAAAAGACAGAAAUGGACAGCUGCACUGAGGAGAAGGCACUUUGAUCCAACUCAACGCUCAGUUGUUUGUAGUUGUCAUUUCAAGUCAGAAGACUUUGACAUGACUGGACAGACAACUCGUUUAAAAGAAGGAGUGAUCCCAUCAGUCUUUGCAUUUCCUGGCCGUCUUUGCAAAGCACCCAGUACGUCCAGGUCAAGCAGGACCUCACAAAAAGCUGCUGCACAAUGUCCAGAUGUUCACGUUCAGCUGUCAGGGGACCUUAAGGUGUCAAUCUCAGAUCAUCAGUAUGCCCUUGACCCAGUUAAAGUUAAAAAAAAGUUAACUGAGGCUCAGGACAAGGUGGAUGAAUUACAACGGGACUUAAGAAAUGCCAAGGAUCGGGAAAGAAGGCAUAAGAAGGUGGUUGUACACUGUGGAUGCUAAGCCUGGAUUUAACACCUGACUUUUAGAUAUGCUAUGAAAAAAUUAGGAUCCAGCAAGAUUUUGGUCAAGUGUGUCUUAUGGUGGAAGCCAUGGCCAUAAAGAAGCAGGUUCAGUAUGACCCUCACACACAAACAGUGACAGGCUUUGUGGAUCUUGGUGAUGGCAUUGAUGUGGCAGGUGAAGCCCUUGUGUUUAUGGUUGUUGGACUGCAAGUCCACUGGACAACGGCCAUUGCCUACUUGUUUAUUGAGACAUUGACAAAACGCUUUGCUGCGGAGUACCAUAGAGGUGCUACAUAAACGAGGUAUUAAAGUACUGUGUGUGACAAUGGAUGGGCAUUUAUCCAACAUCAGCAUGUGCAGGCUCCUGAGCAUGUGCCUGUAUGACAGGAGCCAACCAGUGCACAAGCACCUGCCUUCCUCCAAGGAAAAACUGUGUGAGAGUAGGGCAACAUUUGUAUUGUUCAUCUCUCUUGUAUAAACAUGCAGCCCUAAGUC